CGACAGAGUACAAGAAUACCCAUUGUUCUUGUUUUAGAAAUCCGUUAUAUAAUGAUAUAAUCUGUGCGACAGAGCUCUUUAACAAAAAAAAAAAUCUGUGCGACAGAAGAACACCAUUGUUCUUGUUUUAGAAAUCCGUUAUAUAAUGAUAACACGUUCACGUGUUCCUUGUCAUAAAGAGUGUAUCAGUGAGCAAAAUAUUCAAGUGUCUUUUGGUUCUGAUCAAACGCUCUAUUCAAUUCUCUUAAUUAGACAUCUUUUCAAUCUCUUUUCUUUCUUGUCUCUUUCUUUUUGAUGAAAAAAAUCUAUUUUCAUGUUAAUUUCACUUAAUUAAACAAUGAAUUAAAGAGUUUCCUCCCUGAAAAGUUCUCUAGCUAGGGUUGCAAUUGAAUCCUUUCAAUUAGGUUUAUAUUUAUAAAUAAAAUAAAAUAAGAAAAACCAGAGAUGGUGAGAACACCAUGUUGCAAAGAAGAAGGAAUAAGAAAAGGAGCUUGGACUCCCGAAGAAGAUCAAAGGCUUAUUGCUUAUGUUCAACUACACGGUGAAAGUGGAUGGCGUACUCUCCCGGAGAAAGCUGGAUUGAAGAGAUGUGGUAAGAGCUGUAGACUUAGAUGGGCUAAUUAUCUAAAACCCGACAUCAAGAGAGGAGAGUUUACACCUGAAGAAAAUGACACUAUUAUCAAGCUUCAUGCUCUUAUGGGUAACAAGUGGGCCGCAAUAGCAACAAGCUUGGCGGGACGAACUGACAACGAGAUCAAAAAUUACUGGAACACAAAUCUCAAGAAGCGUUUGACACAAAAAGGUCUUGAUCCAACCACUCACAAACCGAUCAAUCCAACUGAUCAAACCGGUUUCGAGCCAAAAGUUCAUAAACUCGGUUCAUCCGGUUGCGCAAGACUUCUUAACCACGUCGCAAGGAAAUACGCCGGAGAUUUAAACCGGGACCUACUAACCGGAAUCAUCAUUGGAAACUCCUCAAACAUCGCUGAGGGUUCACAAAACUCAGUUGAGGUCGAUUCUCCGACUGAAAGUUCGACCUUCACAUUGCUCAACAAAGCGGCGGCAAGAUCAAGUGAUGUCACAUCGUUUCUGACCAACAAUAUGUCGUCAUCUCCCGGUCUUUCCAACAACUGUUCCUUUGCCGACAAUCUCGACCUAUUCUUUAGCAACGAAGUGAUCUCCGAUAUGUCUAUGAAUGUCGAUAAUGUUUGCAUUAUGGAAGAGUUGAGGGAUAUUUUAAGCUACGGCGGUGCUGACGCCGGAGAUGUCAAAGACUUGCCGGAGUUUAAUGUAACUGAUGGGAUGGAGUUUCUUGGUUCUUGGAACGUAGAAGAUGACUUGGACUUGGAGAAUUAUUAUUGGGUUCGUUAGAUUCCAAGAUUGGUGCCGUCUUUGUCUGAUAAGUGACGACUCAGAAAUAAAACCAAUUACACGUUGGUUGUUUCUUUAAUUGAUGUGUUGCUAUAUCGUCACAUGGCGGAAUAGUGAGUGUGUGUUGUAAUAAAAAUAAAAAUAAAUAAUAAAUAAGUGUUUCUUUUUCGAGUCA